AUGUCGGUCCCUCGGUCGCGGAUAUUAGACCUCAUGAAGGCCCAAUGCCGCAUCUUCAGCACAACCUUCAACCCCGAGCGCCUACGCCUAGGCAACAAAGUGCUCCGACAGCGCCUCCGAGGCCCGACGCUCGCUGCGUACUACCCGCGCAAAGUCGCGACACUCAAGGACCUGCAGAAUCUGUAUCCGACGUUUGAGGUUGUCAAUGAUGCGGAGGAGGAUCGGUUGAAUAAAAUCAAGGUGGCCAAAAUGCGCGGCAAGGGUGCGCCCAAGAAGAAGCGGACGGCCGCCGAGUCGAAGAAGUUUGGCAAGAAGAGGGGAGGCGGUGGGGCUGCGAAACCGCCGCCGACAUAG